AUGAUUUUGGACAAAGGGUCAAUGCAAUCAAACCUUGAGUGCUUCCUCCAUUGUACAACACCAGUGCUCCAAUCCCAAUUCCUACCCAAGUCUGAGAUUAGGAACCUCAACCGUAUAUGGCACCCAUGGGAGAGAGAAAAGGUUGAGUAUUUCACAUUGAGUGAUCUCUGGAAUUGUUAUGAUGAAUGGAGUGCAUAUGGUGCUGGAGUUCCUAUUGCCUUGGACAGCGGCGAGACCCUUGUGCAGUACUAUGUGCCUUAUCUCUCUGCUAUUCAAAUUUUCACCAGCAAUUCAUCUGUGAAUAGCUUCAGGGAAGAGGCCGAAUCGGGUGACUGUGAGACAAGGGAUUCGUUUAGUGAUUCAUGUAGUUUUGAGAGUGAAAGUGAUAAAUGGAGAUGGGAUGGAUGCUCCUCAGAAGAUGGUGGGUUUGAGCAAGACAAUCUCUGGCAUGUGAAUGAUAGAUUAGGGCACCUAUAUUUCGAGUAUUUUGAGAGAUCAACUCCCUAUGGAAGAGUUCCUCUCAUGGAUAAGAUCAAUACAUUAGCUCAAAGAUACCCUGGCUUGAUGUCAUUGAGGAGUGUUGAUCUAUCACCAGCUAGUUGGAUGGCUGUUGCUUGGUACCCAAUUUAUCACAUUCCCAUGGGAAGGACAAUAAAGGAUCUGUCCACGUCCUUCCUCACUUACCACACCCUUUCAUCUUCUUUUCAAGACAUGGACCUCGAGGACGAUAUGGAGAGCGAUGAACAAAGAAAGCGAAAGAAAGGGGACAGCAUCUCUCUCCCUCCAUUUGGCUUGGCCACUUACAAGAUGCAAGGGAAUGUGUGGGUCUCAGGCAAUUGUGGAAGGGACCAAGAAAGGCUCAUGUCACUAUUGAGCGUGGCUGAUUCAUGGCUAAAGCAACUUAGGGUCCAGCACCACGACUACAACUACUUCACGGCCAUUCGGCGUGGUGGCCAGUGCCACUACUUUUGA